UUAACAGUUAUUAAGCGAGGUUGGUGGGUUCAACCAGAGGUGGGCAGUCAGAGGUGGCGGAAAUCGGAAGAGCCGAAAAUUGGAACUGGCUCAAAAGUCGGAAAUGGAAAUCCGACCCACUCUGGUUCCAAUCGAGAAAUUUUUUGAAACCAACGACCCAAUUUUUGUUAAGCAAAUUAAAAAUGAUGAGGAGGAAUUUGGAUUUUUUGGAGAUAUUUUACAGAGGUUGGUUAGACAGAAACAAAAAAUUGUAUAAAUUUUAGGAAAUUUUCGGAAAUUAUAAGAAAA